AUGCCGCCAACCGAAGCAGAAUACGAGAAGUACGGAGCCUGGGCUGUCAUACGAUAUCCCGACAAGAACUUUGACCGUCGUAAAUGUCAACGUGUAGUGCCUUUUCAGGUCAUCAACGCCUCUGCUCCAAGGACUGGCACGAUCUCCAUGCAAGAAGCGCUGAGCAUAUUAGGUUUCGCCAAUCCUUACCACUCUUCCGCAUUGUUCGAGAACUGUCGAGACUGCGAUAUGUGGACGGAAGCGCUGAAUGCCAAGUAUCGUCCUUCGCCAACCCGCAGGCUGUAUUCACGAACAGAAUUCGACCAGCUAUUGGGUCACUGUGGCGCUGCUGGAGAUGGCCCAGCUUUUAUGUUUUGGAAGGAGCUGUUGGACGCCUAUCCAGACGCCAAAGUCAUUCUGGUAGGCCGCGACCGCGAGAAGUGGCUCAAGAGCAUGCGUCAGGUCAUGGAGGCCUUGUUGACCCCUGCGUCAAAGGUCAUGGGCAUUCUCGAACCUAGUCGAGCAGGCCGGAUACUGAAGCUGACUCGCCUGUAUUCAGGCCUUUGGUUCGGCACUGUCGACAAUAUGACCACCGAGACCACGAUGGCAAAUGCAUGGGCUGCGUAUGAAAGGCAUUAUGCCGAAGUCAGAGCAACCGUGCCGAAGGAUCGACUUCUGGAGUACAAGCUGGGUAGUGGAUGGGAGCCGCUGUGCGACUUCCUAGGGGUCAAAGACGUGCCACAGGUCCCAUUCCCCCAUCGUAAUGAUGCUCAGACAAUGGGUGCAGCAAUCGACCUAUUCAACCAGCUUGCAGUCAAGACUGCCCUGAGAAACGUCGCUAUUGUGGUAGGAUUGGUAGCGGUCUUGGCGAAGGGAGUCUUGGAGCUUCACAGGUGGUCGAGCUAA